CUAUAUCCAUCCAUCAAAGUACUCUCCACGGUCGUCGGAGAUAGCGUUACCGGCUAAGAAAAAUCGAGUUUCGAGACAUCUCGUUAACAGUAUCACCGUUGAAGCAUUUGGAGGAUUUUCAUGUGAGAGUUUCGGAUUCGGAUCGAUAUUGAAGUUCAACUCACCGGUGUUCUUAUUUUCGUGAGAUGGAUCCGCCGGUGAUGAUGAACGGAGGUGAUUUCCGGUCCGGUAACUCGGCUUCGUCGUUGUGUAAUUUGGCGGAUAUCGUGCCGUUCCAUGUCAAUUUCGGUGGCAGCGUCGGUAAUUCGGCGUCGUUUGGUUGGGGGCAAUUGAGUGGGAACAGCGAAAACAAUAGUAAUAACAAUAGCGGCAGUAGUGUUCAUGCCUAUAUGAAUCAUGGAGAUCAUGUUUCUGUUGAUGAUCCAAUGGAUUUGGACCAGAGAGGGAGUAAUUUCCAUAGUAAGAAGCAACGUGAAGAAGAUGACUCGCCUAAACGAGUUUCGAGUAGUAGUCCUAGCAAUGGCAUGAGUGAUUGUGAUGGCAAACGUCUUAGAAUGUUGGGGCUUGGAAAUGAAAAUUUCGAACCUAAAGCCAAAGCUGAUGGAGGUUUUGGAAAGCUAGCAGAGAACCACAUAAAGCCAGCUGAAUCUAAGCAAGACUACAUCCAUGUGCGAGCUCGAAGAGGUCAAGCCACUGAUAGUCACAGUCUAGCAGAACGAGCGAGAAGAGAGAAGAUAAGUGAGAGGAUGAAAAUUCUCCAAGAUCUAGUCCCUGGCUGUAACAAGGUCAUUGGAAAAGCAUUGGUCCUCGAUGAGAUUAUCAAUUACAUCCAAGCGUUACAACGGCAGGUUGAGUUCUUAUCGAUGAAGCUUGAAGCUGUCACUUCAAGAUCAAACCUAAACCCCGAAGGAUUCCCUUCGAAAGACUUGGGUCACCGAACAUUGGACAUGCCGUUUUCACAACCCACGACGAGAGAAUUUAGUAGGACGUCAUCACCCGAAUGGUUGCAUAUGCAAAUCGGCGGCAGUUUCGAAAGAACAAUAUAGUUAAUUUCACUCGAAUUCUUAUGAUCAAAGAGGAAUAAGAACACUGCCAUGAAAUUGCCAAAAUCUUGUAUCCAUUGAGCUAACAAGGGGCCGAUUAUCAAACA